AAAAUCUACACAAAGCAGAAGCAGCAGAAGCCGCCAGCAGCUCAACUCCGCACCAACACCGUCUCCAAUGGCCGACGUCUACACCCCGACCAAGACAAUGGACGGCGCCUUCCUGCCAGCAGUGGGAUCCCCGAACACCUCCAUCGACUCUCCGGCAGUCUACGUACCGACACCACUCACCGCGCCAUCCACAUCGAAGACGACUCCAGUGAAGCCCGAGGAUCAGACAACGCGGCAGAAAUAUGGAGGUACAUGGAAGCUCCGACACUUGGGAAUGAGAUGGAGAUGUGCUCUUCCCACCCGCCGAUUCCCACUUUCCCAGCCCCUAUUUCUAUGUAGCGUAGAUACGACUAUUCACAUUUUAAUGAAUUAUAGAACUCUCCAGAACUUUAGCAAAAUUUUGAAAGGUCUUGGAAAAAUGGGAAAAUGUAAUUUUAAAAGCGGACAAAAACCGAGAUUUAUUAUUAAAAAAAGACUAUGGAUACCCGGGAACUAUGGUCACUCUUAUGGAAGCCUCUUCUCAAUUGUGAAUCCCCAUCACUUUUCAGACUCCCCAAUAAGUUGUUCUCCAUGUUUUUUCUAUGUUUCUGAUUUCUUCUUUUUUUCUAUUUUUUUGUGCGUCCGGAGUUUUUUUGCAGAUGCUCUCAGCUUCAUAUGGAAUAUUCUACAGUGGUUUCGUUUGCAGAGCCGAGCAAAAUGGCGGAGAAGAUAUAUAUGAAAGAUAUAUGAAAUUCCAGAAAAAUCAUCAGAAGUGCACGGGCUGAAAUUUUGGAAAAAUUGCCGCCCGUGGACGUUUUUGAAUGCGGAAAUCGAUAAAUUGAACAUUUUUGAUUGGGAAUUUGAAAGAAAAGUUUGAGUAGAUCAUUUUUGAAGGAUGUCUAGAAUUUUGAAAAUGUCUAGAAUGCUCAGCGAUUGAGAAAAUGUAAAAAAUUAAUAUUUAUGGUCUGAAUUUUUGUAAUAGUCGGAUAGGUUAGGCGUUAUGAAUUCUGAAGAACACUUACUUAUUUUUCGCAAAGAAAUGUGACUUUUCCAAAUUUGUAGUGGCUUAAAACGUUGUAAUCUUGAAAUUUUGAUCUCCCAAAAAUCUGAUUUCUGUACUUACUACUAGUAGAAAUGUUUUAGAGAAAAUUGCUUGCAAAUUGAAAUGUUUCGAGGUUUCCGAUGAAGAGCCGUUUCAGUUGUCAAUUUUUGUAUUAAAUUUUACGACGAUUCUUUUGUUUUUACUCAAAACAUUUUUUAAAAAUCGAUAAAUUGCAAAACUCGGUGAGAUAAUUUUCCUAUUGGUAUCCCCUUGUAGGCCAAAACUUAAAUUCACAAUAAUGAACAAGUACGCUCUAUUUUUGGAAUAAACCGUGGAAUAUGCCUUGUGAGUUAUUGCGCACAAAUUGGAAUUUUUUGGAAAAAAAACGAUGCUACUUUAAAAAAUUGAUAAGGAAAUCAAUAAAAAGAUUGCCGCGAAAAAGUUUGGACUAUAAAAAUUUUUGGAUAAAAAUUCAAAACACGGAAUAAAAGACGCUCAUAAACUCGAAAAAAUGACAAUUUUAUACCUCGACGGAUGUUUCAACACGUGGAAUUUCUAGGUGACGUAAUCUAGCGCUAUUGAUUUUUUUCUUGCAAUUUGAAUGGGAACCCCUUAAAACGCCUCAAAACUUUUACAAAAUUGUUCCCAUUUCCCCGUCUCCCCUGCCCCGUACCCAUACCGUUUCAGAAAGAGCACAUUUCAGUCUUGAUGCCAAGUUUGUUUGAAUACUUUAAUUUUUUUUUUCAAAAUUCCAGAAAAUCUCAAUAAUACCAAUCAAUAUUUUCAGGCUCAGUCUCCUACUCGCCAUCCAACCCAGGAAUCCGGAUUGUGAAGCGAAAACCGAAGCCGGAAGCAGUUGCCGCAGCAGCAGCGGUGCCGACGGCGAUUUAUUCAGGAAAACGACACGCCACAGAUGAUGGAGAGGAUGCGGGACUUGCCGCACUGAAAUUGAAGCCAAACCGUGGAAUUCUCCGUGGUCCAGCUAUCUCCAACCUCAAUCAGCGUGGCACCCGUCGCCUCAUCUUCGCCGACACGCGAGGUCUUCCACUGGUGCAUGUUAAGGAAAUUGAACGUAUUGCAGCAAUCCACUCGAAUGUUGCCGACUAUCGGUGUUCGGAGCGAAAUGAGGCCGCCGCGUUUGGCCAGGAGAUGGAAGUUUUUGAGGAUGUCGAGUGGUCGCUGGUGCCGGUGAAGCGGUCCAAACCGGCGCGCAGUGAAAUGUCAGAGUCGGGCCUACGGGAAGAAAGACGUAUCGAAGAGGAAGGAAUUAUGAGAGGGGCCAUGUUUGGAAUGUGCCAACUCGAGGACAACCCAGCGCUUAACGAGCAGGCAGCUGUCGACCGUGCCAACUACACGCCGACCAUCAUCCCAACCGUCAGUGUUCCAUCGGAGCCCACCACUCUCGCCACUAUCCGCGAUUUGCCACUUCCGGGCCGUCCGCCACGUGUUCGUCCACAAGAUUUGCUGCUUCAGGUCAAGCCGAACCAGGGAUUCCACACGUUGCCACUCUACCAUAGCCAACGCCCGGAGAACCCUCGACGUCCGAUGUACGCACAGCAGCAGCAGCAGCAAUCAGCCCACCAGACGCCGACUCCACACAUCCAGCAAGUGUUCCAGGAAACGGAACCGGUCACCAACUACUACACGGCCACCACCUCUGUCCCGGAGACCCCGGAGCCAGCUCCAGCAGCCCAGCCUGCCAGCAGAUUCGAGCUUCCAUCGAACCUCAAGGAGAUGCUCAACCAGCUCAAGAAGAAGGGGUUCGUCUCGUCGGAUGAGACUCCUUCGCCGACGACUUCAGCUCCACCGCCGGUUGAUCCACUGGCGGCUGCAAUGCAGACUGCUCAGCAGAUGAUGCUCCAGCAGGGGAACACGUAUGCAAGUGAAGAAGUGCCGCAAGAUUAUCCAAUGGAUGGAUAUGUCGCAACAUUUGCAACUCCAGAGAUGAUGGCUCAGGAGCGUCGCCAGGACUCUCGCAACUCGGAAGGAUGGACUCAAUCCGGCUGGAAGAUUCCAGAGCCAUGUGUCUACUUUAUCAGCCGCCCGGGUGGAUGUAAUCGGGGAGAUCAGUGCAGAUUUAUUCAUGACGAGGAGAUGAGACGUCAAAAGAUGGCAGAGCUCCCACCACGCGGUCCAAAUCAUCACCACGACAACUUCCGAGGUGGCCGAGGCCGCGGAUUCCGUGGAGGCUACAACAAUCGCAACAACUACAACAACCACCACGACCGCGACUUUAGAGACAAUGCAGGCGGAAACCGUGGCCGAUUUGGCGACACUGAAGGAUUCCGUGGAGCACGAUAUGCUCGUGGAGGCUUUGCUCCUCGGAACAACUCGAGAUUCGACCAGAAGCCAGCGUACAAUGAUGAUGGCGGUCAUCUAGGAUCCCCAAAUGCACAUGGAUCCCAGUAUCAGGAUCCCGUUCCGACUAAGAGAGCCCGUGUCAGUAGGUUUGAUAGACAGGGAGAAGAUGAUGCUCCAGGCCAGGAUAUGGAUCAACGGCCACCGAGGAGAAAUCGAUUUGACGAGCAGCCACCUCGCCGGACGUUCCGCUCUCGCUUUGAUCAGCAAGCGGAUCACGAUGAGAUGAGCCAAGCUUAGUGGCGGAAGAAAAAAAAAUUAAAUUAAAUUGCAUUUUCCACAUUUCUAGUCACAUUUCUGACCCCCCCCCCCAUUAGUUCUUUUUCCAACCCGUAAUAUAUUGUUUUUUUUUGGGUAUUUUUCUCUUUCCGCUCUCAUUAGUUAUCAUGUAUCAAGCCUUAUCUUGCAGCUGUGAUUUUUGGAAUCCUUCUUUCUGUUUCUUUGUAGAAUAUGUCUCUGGAGAACUUUUUUGAUGUUUGUUUUCAAUAA